UAAUUCCAAAAAUUAAUUCUCUCUCAUACUUUUUUGUGUAAAAUCAUUUUACACUUUGAACAGCUAUUUCUGCUCCUAUUCGGAGCAUGAUUUUCAGUUCCAGAAAAUUUUCAUCAGCCCAGUAAAAAAAUAGGUGACUUUGGUAAGGUCUAGAGCUUUCGAGUUGAUAAAUUUUCGUGUAUUUGAUUUGCGGCAGAUAAAUACAUUGGUUGUAUAAGUGUGUGAUUCUGAUGGGGCAUCAUGAGACGAAUUCGUCCAGUAGUAGGGACAGGUCUCCUUCUCAACAGAGGCACAGACAUCGGCGUAAGGAGAGGGAUUUGGAUAGAGAAUUGUCAUAUGAAAAAAGAGAACGAAGGUCAGGAAGAGAUGUAAUUGAGCAUAGGUCUCCUAGGCCAAGACAUGAUUACUCUUUUUCGGGUUCAGAUCAUCAAAGAAUGGCUCAUCAGAGACCCAGUUCAAAUUUUAGUGUUGACACAGAAAGAAAAAAUGAGGUGUUCGACCCAACUGGUUCUGAAAAACGGAAGGACAGAGAUGUUAGCAUGGAUAAAACGAAGGCAGAUGAACAGGACCUGGAAGCUAAAAAGGAGCAAAUGACAUUGUUAGAGAUGUCCGGAGAUCUUACUACAGAACCCAAACAACUCACAGCAGAGGGAAGAAAGGAGGAAACCAACGUGUCACUGGAAUAUAGUAGUGACAUGAAGAAGGCAAGACUCCAUUCAACACUGGUUGCUCUCCUCAACGAUCCUGUGCUUGCUGAUAUACCAAAAAACCCAACUCUGACGGAUGUGGACACCCUUAUCAGCUUGGAACUUGGGAGUGCCAUGCGUAUCUCUGUCCUCAAAUUGGAUGGCAGCUCCUUUGAUGUGACAGUGAUGAAUUCGGCAACAGUUAAAGACUUGAAACAAGCUGUUCGGAAAAGGAUUGAUGACACCGAGCAAUCUAAGAUGGGCCAUCGGCACAUCUCUUGGAGGCAUGUCUGGUCAAAUUUUUGCCUUUUAUUCCACAAUGAGAAGUUACUAGAUGAUACUGCUAAACUUCAGGACUACAGCAUUAGGAACAAUGCUCAGGUGCAAUUCGUUCCCUAUGUCAUCUCGAGGGCCUUUAAGAGGCAUUCAAAGAGGAGAAAACACAGAUUCUUUCAUGGACUAAGCAAAAAGGGGCGUACAACAGAUUGAAUCAGAGCCCGACCAUGCCUUAUAAUGAAAGGGGGAGGAAGGACGGAUAACCUGUCGAUUAUACUUGAAAAAUAGAAUACGUUCAUCUAUGAGACAACAUAGAGAAGAAAGUAUACCCAAACUACAUUUUGGAGAAUGGGAUACAAAUUUUCAAGCACGAAAGGGAAGGUUUGGCUAUUAAUUUACACUCACUGAUGAGACAUUGACAUAAACGGCGACAUAGAGAAGAAAGUAUAACCUUUGUCUGUCUUGUAAGCAUUAUUAUUUUUUGAAACAGUGGCUUUUUUUUAAAAAAAUAACAAAUAGCAGGGUCAAAAAUAAAAAACAAAUUACUCACCUAUCAUAGGCCCAUUUUAAAGCUAUCCACAAAAUUCAUUUUAGCAUCUUUACUGAGUCUUAUAAAGCUGUUAGUGAAAAACUCAAAACACAGACUUCAAAAAUUUGUUUCCAAGUGAAGUUAAAGAAUUCAACAAUCAAGAGCCAUUAGAGAAGUAAAAACUGAAAAA